AGACAGAUUCACCUGUAUAUUGCUAGCUCCUAUCCUUGCUCUCUACAACAUGGUUUUACUGCUUCUUUGGCGAUCUCUUAUCUAAACAAUCACACACAUUUUGUAAAUCGCAGUUCAAUUAGUCCGACUUGCCUUGAACUGCCAGUAAUUUAUUACUGAAGAGAUUGGAGGGUCAUAUAUUUUUUGACAAGGAUAGGUGUUACAAACCUGAGAGUAAUAUUUCGCAACAACUGAUUGAUAAAUCAAACGUGGAGUUUUAAUUUUAUUUUGGUUAUGUAAUGUGUGCGAUAUAUUCGAUUUUUCUGUUGACUCAAACAGGAAGUAUGUUUCUAUUCGGAUGACUCUUUUUUUCAUUGAUCUCCAAAAAAUGAAAGGAUCCAUUAACAUUCUGGUGCUGGGGAAGGAAGGUGUCGGCAAAACAGCCAUCGUGGUGCGGUUUUUGACCGGAAGAUAUCUAAGUGAAUACGCUUCUUUGGAGGAAGUAACAUAUGAAAGAAAUGUCACCGUUGAUGAAAAACAAGUGUCCAUUAAAGUAACAGACGUUGCAGGGAAGAAUCUGGACCGGAAGUCGGCUGCAAGAGACUGGCUUCACAAAAUAGAUGGCGCUGUCAUCGUUUAUUCCGUGACGGACCGGAACAGUUUUGACCUGGCGGAAAUCAUCAUGGAUUGGCUGAGGAAAGAAAAGAAACCAAAUCAGAUUAUUCCAAUGGUCUUGCUGGGAAACAAAUGUGAUUUAGAACAUUCCAGGUUCGUAGUUCGUACAACUUAAUAAAAACCAGUGUCUAACCUUGGAUUUGCAAAGUUCGAGUAU